AUGGCACCGUCCACGCUAGUUCUGGCGUUGAUGUUCUCUUCUGUUCUUGCUCAAACGCAGUCUCCCUGGGGACAGUGUGGCGGGUCUGGCUACGGCGGCGCAACUAUCUGUACUUCGGCGUACUAUUGCAGCACCCAAGGCCCCUACUACGCCCAAUGCGUUCCCGGCACCGCCACUACCGGUGCCGCUGGCACCACCACGAAGCCUGCUAGCACCUCGACGUCCGCGGCUUCGGCCACCAAGCCCAGCAGUACCCUGGCGACGGUCGUGAGAACGUCCACCCCCAUUCUAGCAACGAGCACAACCAGUGCGAGGAGCACCACAUCUGCGCCGAUUACGACCUCCACGGCAGCAGCUUCUGGCAACCCGUUCGUUGGCAAGCAGAUGUACCCUAACCCCUUUUACUCUUCUGAAGUCGUCAACCUUGCAAUUCCGUCCCUGCCAACGAGCCUCAAAGCUGCUGCUUCUGCCGUGGCUAUUGUUCCCAGCUUCUUCUGGAUGGACACGCGCUCUAAAGUUCCGAUGCAAGUUUUAAUGGGGUCGAUGCUUGAUGAUAUCGCCGCGAAGAACAAGGCCGGCGCAAAUCCACCGUACAUGGGCAUUUUCGUCGUAUACGACCUGCCCGACCGUGACUGCUCAGCUCUCGCUUCGAACGGCGAAUACAGCACUGCCAACAACGGCGUCGCCAACUACAAGGGUUACAUCGAUGACAUUGUUGCUAACCUCAAGAACCAUUCCAGUGUAUCCGUCGCCCUAGUUGUUGAGCCCGACAGCCUAGGCAACCUGGUUACCAAUCUGAAUGUUGCCAAGUGCGCGAAUGCCCAGUCGGCAUACCUUGAGUGCUACAACUAUGCUCUUACCCAUCUCAACCUCCCGAACGUGGCUAUGUACAUUGAUGCUGGCCAUGCAGGUUGGCUGGGCUGGAGUGCCAACCUCCAGCCGGCUGCGGACCUUUUCGCCCAGGUGUACAAAAACGCCAGCUCGCCGGCCGCAGUGCGUGGUCUUGUCACCAAUGUCGCCAACUACAACGCCUGGUCAAUUGCUACUUGCCCGUCUUACACCCAAGGCAACGCCAAUUGCGAUGAGAAACGCUACAUCAAUGCUCUCGCUCCCCUUCUUCAAGCCGAAGGCUUUCCAGCCCAUUUCAUCACUGAUACUGGUCGUGAUGGCGUCCAGCCUACGUCACAGCAGGCAUGGGGCGAUUGGUGCAACGUCAAAGGGGCAGGUUUCGGUGCUCGCCCAGGAACGAACACAGGAGACCCGCUGGAGGAUGCUUUCGUUUGGGUCAAGCCUGGCGGAGAAAGCGACGGUACAAGCAAUUCAUCUUCGACCAGAUACGAUGCACACUGUGGAUACGCUGAUGCUCUAACGCCUGCGCCGGAAGCAGGCUCGUGGUUUCAGGCAUACUUCCAGCAGCUGUUGACGAACGCCAACCCUUCCUUCACCUGA